CACCUGGAGCUCUCCGCUACACCAACAUGAUCCUGAAGACAGUUUUGUUUGCGUUGACGGCUGUCGCAGCGGCCGACAGACUCCCGUCUACUUCUUACGGAGUGCCGAGCAGAGGAAGCGGAGGAUCUGCAGGUGGAGGCUUCGGAGGUCCUGGAGGAGCAAGCUUCGGAGGCUCUGGGGCUGGACGUGGAGGGGUGGGUGCAGGAGGCUUCGGGGGCCCUGGAGGAUUUGGAAGCUCAAGUAGUGGAGGCUUCGGGGGCCCAGCCGGUGGUGGCUUCGGGGGCCCAGCCGGUGCUGGCUUCGGAAGCCAAGCCGGUGGUGGCUUCGGGGGAGCUGCAAGUGGAAGUUCUGUUAGCGGAAGUUACAGACCAUCAGGACCUGUUGUGCCCAUCCUGAGGGACGAGCGUCAGGGACCUGAUGCGUACGGCAACUACAACUUCAACUUCGAGACUGGUGACGGUAUCAGUCGUCAGGAGCAGGGCGCCCCUCAGGGCCCAACUGGCGCCGUGGCAUCUCAGGGAGGAUGGUCAUUUACCUUCCCUGACGGAACUCCAGCUAACUUCAAGUUCGUAGCGGAUGAAGGUGGUUACCGCGUGGAGUCUGACCUGAUUCAUCCUCUCCCCGCCCACGCCAUCGCCCAGAUCGAAAAGGCUCGUCAGGAAGACGCCGCCGCGGCUGCUGGAGGUGGUCGAGGAUCGUACGCAGCUGCGUCGGGCUCCUCGUCUCAGUUCUCAGGAGCACCUUCAGGAGGCUUUGGAGGAGCACCUUCUAGAGGCUUUGGAGGAGCAUCUUCUGGAGGCUUCGGAGGAGCACCUUCUGGAGGCUUCGGGGGAGCACCUUCUGGAGGCUUUGGAGGAGCAUCUUCUGGAGGCUUCGGAGGAGCACCUUCUGGAGGCUUCGGAGGAGCACCUUCUGGAGGCUUUGGAGGAGCACCUUCUGGAGGCUUCGGAGGAGCACCUUCUGGAGGCUUCGGGGGAGCACCUUCUGGAGGCUUUGGAGGAGCAUCUUCUGGAGGCUUCGGAGGAGCACCUUCUGGAGGCUUCGGAGGAGCACCUUCUGGAGGCUUUGGAGGAGCACCUUCUGGAGGCUUUGGAAGCUCAGGCAGCGGAGGCUUCGGAGCCGCUCCUGUGGCUCCAAGCAGGACCUACGGCGCCCCAUGAACAUCAUUGUCCUGUUACUUGCAUCACUGACCACAAAUGUUCACAUCACGACCUUCACCAUAGUCGGUUUCUUCCUUGAAACAUCUCAGAUCUCUGUUGCUGCCAUCUUCUUUGGUCUUUCUAACCUCACGACUAUAAUAUCAGCUGAGGCUCGUGUAAGCUGUGUCACGUGGCAGUUGAAUCACGUGCCAGCUGAGUCCCAUGUCAGCUGAGUCUCAUGACAGCUGAAUAUUUUUGUCAGAGGUGAUGUUAACUUUACGCUUAUUCUAAUGUUACUUAUUUAAUUACAAAUAAACAAAUCGAUAACA